UGACAGCGGGGUGAAUUUGGGUCAGUCCACGGGCAAUCUCAGCGUCGACGGUACCCUCUUCGCUCCUAAACGGUCCCUUGCUUUCCCAGGCUGGGUUCGUCAACGUGCAGCGGAUCUCGUGCAACCGCACUUCCUAGUCAGGGCAUACGCGCCAUCUUCUACCAGACACGCCACUCGCAGAGCCCCUGUUGUACCGGCUCUGCCUCGCCUCUGAUGAUCUCAGCAAGUUAGGCACUGAAAGGGAUUCUCUCAGGCACAAUGCAUCGGUUCAAAACCAAGAAGAAGGCCAAGGAUGACGCUUCCGCCGGUCGCUCGAGCGAAGACUCGGAGCACUCCUCGCUGCCGUUCAAGGUUUUUGGACGGAAGAAGCAGCCCCAGGAGGAGGUCAAGAAGGAGUUUGAUCUAUCAACUGCCCUGCCUUCAACUGAUGACUUCAGAACCAGUUUGUUAAUGGCCAACUUAUCGGCACGCUUUUCCAUGCUGAGGGAGCAGGACGACCCGAAUACCAAGAUUGGCAAAGCAAGCGAUGACAGUGUCCUAUAUCCAAAACGACAGUCCCGACUGGCCGACUUUGGCUUUGGUGGCGCUAACGGGCUAACCGACAUCGCCGAGGUCGAGUCCAUCAAGGCCGCUCCUUACCUGCGCACCAAUUCAUUUGCCUCUGAUGAUGCAGACAUGCCGAAGGGCGCGAGCGUCAUGACCAGGGCCAAGCCCACUGAGGGCAACAACCUUUUUGGUGGGAGGCAGAAGAUCUACAAGAUCCCUGCUGGGUCAAAGAGCGCCAACGGAGGACUGCCUGGCAAGGCGCUGUAUGAUGACGACGUGGCAAUGUCAGCUUUCCAACGCUGGAGGCUAGCCGAGAGGGAGAGAUCGUAUGAGGAGCAGAACAACGCCUCGACGGAAGAAGAGCAAGAGCAAGAGCGGUCAGAGUCUCCGCCUCCAAUUGGCUACAACCGAAAGCGCGAGACAUCGUCCACCACUUCAUCAGCAUCCAUCACAGCCCGCAACUCCACGGCCGCGACCUCCAUCACUUCACAGGCUGCCACGGCUGUCAAGGACACGCAGUCGCCGGGUUCUGCUUCCAAUCCGGCUCCCGAGCGGAUGGUCACCCGAACACGGCGUCUUUACGAACAAGGUCUAGGGCAAGAAAAUCAGGACCAACAGGCUUCGGCAUUAUCGCGAUUCGAAAGCCUCACUCGUCAGAGACCAUUUGCCACCAACCCAGCGGACAAAUCCAUAGGUUCCACUCCACAGGCCGGCAGCGGUAGUAGCCGAGUGGUAUUGACAAAGGCGAGCGCGCCAAAUCUGAGGUCAACCAGCCCUACCGCUCAUAACCCCUUAACCCGUCCGCUCGAGCUGGGAAUCAAGGUCCAAGCAGACCCUAAACCCAACCCAGGUGGCGUUCCUCCGUUAAGUCCACCCAUCAGUGAGACUGGCGACCUGGCUCUGUUUCAAAAGCCGGCCCAUCCCUACGAUGAGUCGCAGUACGUCCAGCUCCAGAAGAAGCUCCAACAGGGCCGUGAGACGCCGACGCAACGGCAGAGCACGGAAUCUGAUAUGGAGAGCGCUUCUCGGUCUCGGAAUCACGAAGGGAAGCCUGUCACCGGGAUGCGGCCGGGACUGCAAGAAGAUAGACUUCCUCCAACUCCCGUUACGGAUACGGACUCUCCGACGGCCGCAAAUUUACCAAACGCGUCGACGCGUCCAAAUAUUAGUGUUGAACGACCUUCUGACAUGGACCAUCCCGCAUUCAGGCAAUCUGCUAUACCGACUCCUCUAUCCAUUGGUGCGAAAGCAACCGACAUGCCGCUACCCAGCCCGAAGCUCGAGGUAGUGGUAGAUAAAGCGCCCCAGUCAGCGCCGGUCGAUUCUCCUACCCUCGGGCCGGUUUCAGGUCUCAGCGGAUUGGUUCGUCAGCACCUCCGCACUGAAAGUUUGGAUUCAUUCAUGGAUCUUCCUGCGCCCGAGGCACCCGGCUCGGAAUUCGUCGCCAAUUCUCGAACGGGGCCUGUCACCGCGAGCGAGCUAGAGUCGAAGUCCAAUUUGUGGUCACUCUCCGGCCAGGACUCGACUUCCUCAACCCGCGACCAAGCUGCCGAGAGCGAGCUCAGCAAGGCCGACACAGAGCCGCAACACAAGGAGGAGUUCCUCUCGGACUCGAGGACGCCAAACCGAUCUAGUGAUGCCACUGACGACAUGGACGAGUUCGCCAACCAACUUGCCGAAGCCCGUCGCCGCGUCAGGGAGAAGCUUACUUCGUUCAUAGAGUCGGAUAGCAGCAGAGCCCCUUCCCCGCUGCCGCCGUCAGAUUUGCCUAAGGACUCCUCGGCCCAAGCUUCUCCAAAUGCCCUAGGAAUUGGCUUGCUCAAGCCCAAAUCGAGCAGAGGAUCGCUUGUUGACCGGUCGCGAACCACGACAACGAGCCAAUCCAAAGGCUUGAAGCUGCUAGGCAUCGGUGGAGGGACGAUGAGCAGCCCCCCGCAGCGGGGAGAGCAGUGUUCUGAGGAGAAGGAGUCUUUAGGUUUGGAGACAAUGAAGGAAGAGGGUUUCAAGGAGGAUCAACCCUCUGCUGAGGCCGGGAACCACAAUGGAUCGACUUCUUCAGGGGAUAAAGAUGAAGAGGCCACCAGUCACCCGGGUUUGAGGGCGUUUAGACAAGCUCGUCGGGAACUACAAAGGCACAAGGAGCUCGAGUUGCUAGCUCGACGUCAAACCGCUCAAACCUCACAGUCUCCCGAGCAGCCGAUUGACGGGGCAAACGUCUCACCCAGACCAGAUCGAGGACCGAGGCAACGAACACCCAGCAGGGAGCGGAGACCGCCCCCUAUCACCUACAGACAACGCGCCCCGAGCGACGAACACGGCUACAACUCGUCCGCGGCAGAUGUGUCCUCCGGAAGGGACAGGAGUGGGUCGGAAACCAGCGGAGGUCGUUCGAAUAGCCGGCCUCCCCGUCUGAGAACUAACACGGCGUCGUACGAGCAGCUCGCACCGGGCAAUUCCAGGCAACCCGUGAUGCGUUCCCCAGGGUUGCCCGGAACUGACAUCAAGGGCUCUCCUCUCAUGCCGCCGUAUCCCUACCCGGGCCGAGGGGUUCCAUCUCCAGCGCCUUCACCUCACUCCGAGUGGCAAAGAUCGGCAGGCAAUCUCGCAGUACACGCCGGACGCCCUGGCUUUGAUUCUCAUUCAGGUCAACCUUCCCCGAUCUCACCAAUGGGUUUGCCCUCCCCAGCGCCAUUCGCGACAGGGCCCGUCGGCUCACCAGUAGGUACUCCCACCUCUCUAGGGCCAAGGCCUCGGCAAGCCUCCGCUUCGCAAUCACCAGCGCUUGGCCCUAGUAGCGGUGUCUUUCCCCCCCCAAUGAGGCGACCCAUCGACAAGAGAGACAUUUCAGAACCCACCCCCAUGCCGGCGAGCCGGAUCCCGACUCCAAGCAUGUCACAGCAACCCCCGCAUCCACAGCAACCCCCGCAUCCACAGCAACCACUGCCCAUGGUCCCCGAGAGAGGCAAUGGGACAAGAUCUCGGUCGAAUAGCCGAGGUCAGGGUCCUGCGCCGCCUGUGCCGCCCAUCAACCCCCGUCGCAGGCGUGACGACUCGCGGGCGCAUAUGGCCAAUGACGAUGGUGGCCUAGCGGCCCCGCGGCUUCCGUUUGCCAACCAGGCAAACAACAGCACAUCCAGUCUCGGCCUAGAAGACAAUCGGAGCGUUUUCUCGAUUAGCGACGACGACAAUAACAGCAAACCAAGCCAACGGCGGCGGCUGCAGAAGCCCAACCCGAAUAUGCCACAAGCUGGCGCCAGACCUUUUGGGAAGCCAAGAGAUACCAGCCCACCAUUUGUCGCCAAAGGCCCGCCAGCGAGUCGGACUAUGGCAACGUCGGGUAUGGGAAGUAAACCCGGCAUGGGUAUGCCAGGGGGCAUGAUCUGAACACUCCAGACACUGUUCAUCCAUUUCUCUUUUCUCACACUGUACCAAAUUUUCCUUUCUAUUUACCAAUGAUCUUGUUGGCC